AUGUACCCGGACGGACACAUAGCACGUGACGUGAAUCACCUGCUUCUGCGCUGGCUUUUACGGAGCGCGGCAGCGGAAAAACUGCCGUUUCCAUUCCUGGGCAUUUCUCACCCGCGCAUUCUCACGCGCGCCCGACCGGACAGCAAAGGCGUCGCCGCUCUGACCUCUGCGCCCGGCCGCACUCGCUGCACCUUUUGCCGGAUUCCGUCGUCCUUGGCCACCAUUCAAUCUGCUUCUGAGCAGUGUCGCUGGAUUGCGCGCCCAGACGCGAUUCCGUCGGCCCAUCUUCGUCACGCGAAGCCGUCUGCGAGCGAGGCGCCCGAAGACGGUCCGGCUGCAUGCAUUGGCAGGAGACGCCGGCGGCGGUUCUCUUUCGACCCUGUCAACGCGCGGAGAAGACCAGACCGCCUCCGCUCCACCAAGAACUCGAGGUUCCAUCUGCCGGUUGGCCGACGCUUCUCGGACCAGGUCAUCGGUAGCAACUCCUGCGGUCUCUGCGCCCGUCGAGCACCAGACCAGCUGGCACCCGGCUCUCAUGGACGAGCCCCGGUGCUACAAUUGCGGCAUGUCCGGCCACCAGACCGUUGCUUGUCCAGAACCCACGCGUGUAGUACCAGCCCCAGCGUGCUGACCACGCUUAGCGGCCUCGAGGAACACCGGAAGCGACAGGCCACGUCAAAGGGCCUCCGCCACAAGAGCCGAGGAAAACACUACGCGUCUUCGUCCGCGUCAUCCCUCAGUCGACAUCCCAACGGCAUGGUCGUCACACGAUAUCCGCCCCCCCCCUCUGUGGGCGAGCCCCAGAUCACCCGCUAUCCACCCCAUCACCAGCUGUCACAUCUGCCGCCUCCACCGCCCAUGUCUCUGCUCCCUCCUCCUCCGCCCUCGGCCAAUGGAGGCUCCUACCACGGCUACCACCCCCAGCAUCACGCCCUUCCUCCUCAUCCUCCACCUCGUCACCAGCCAGGGCCGGAACCAUGGAAAUAUCCUCCCCAACAGCCGGCAUAUCCUGGGCCUCAUUCGUCGGUACCGGCGCCUCCACACUAUCCUCAUUACGACACAUUUGGCCAGUCGAUGCCAGGUCCGUCGCCACACGCUCCACGCUCGAGGUCUGCUCCAGAUUCUUCCUACUACAGCCAGUCGUAUCCUCCCCAGCCAGGGUACUUCGCGUCUCCUCCAUCCGGUGUAAAAGGCCCCUCUGUUAUCCCACCGCCCCCGUCCUUUGCCUCGGCCCCCUAUUACCCUCAGCCUCCACACCUGUCCCAUCCUCUUCCCCAAGCGCCUCAUCACCAACCACCUUCAGGUCUGAGCCAGCCCGGUACUUCGGAGCCAUACGCACAUCACGAGUUCGGACGGCCGCUACCACAGUCGUAUCCCUUGUACGGCUCUCCUCCGUCCAACCUGCCCAAUACUCCCAGAUACCCACAAGGGAGUGGCAGUGGCAACGGAUGGCGUCCUGGGAAGCGUGGCGACUUCACCGGCCCAUUCCACCGCGGCGGACGGGCCUCUUUUGGCAAAGACAGAGGCGGCCGCAGACAUUACCCAGCCAACGCCAACGGGUUCCGCCACAGCUCUUUGGAGCAUUCUAUUGGCGGCUCCUCUAUUCCAACUGGGCCUGCAGCUCUAAGCCGGCGAUUUGCGGCAACUGCUCCCGAUUCGGAACGGCGAGCUCCGAGCAACGAUGCAGCGUCUGGAGCAGCUCCAAGUCAGCUCGCAUCACCCGCUGUGCCUAAUGGCAUCCCUGCCAAACCGCCAACACCGAUAUCGAUGUCCCGAUCGGGCUUGAAAAAGGGCGGCAGGCCACACGAAGCCGUGAAGAAGGCGGAGCUGGAUCAUACAUCGAGCCAAAGCUCGCCCAACACGAUCGCCGAGUCAGAAAGCCUAGAUCCCCAUCUCUCUUCCCAGAAGCGGACCAACGACAGCCAUCUCACGGUUGACGAUGACAGAGGGAUCAAGCGGAACCGGCUAUCGCCAACCGACUGGUCAGCACCAGGCCGACAGAGUGUUACGCCCGUGUUGUCCGGAAAACCAAUUGCACCGGUGUCAGACACGCCGACAUCGUCACACGCCGACAGAAAGCAGGACGAGGACGGCGCGCAGACACACGACUCUUCGCCAUCCAAGAAUAGCCUCCCCAAUCCGCCCAAUGGUUCACCCUGGAGCAGCCGUCCUCCCAACCGUGUUUUGAGCUAUGGCACAUCGGACCACGAAUCGAGCGGGACUAGCACCCGCCACGACUCUGGCUACCACAGCAACGACGGAGCUCAGCCUGUGCUGGCGGCCACCAAGGGCAGCGCAGCUGUCUCGGGCCUUCUGGUUCCGAGCAGCCGCAGCGGCUUCUCCAGGAGCCGCAGCAGCUCACCCCUGGACGACCUGGAGCUGGCCAUGCUCGGCAUGGUUCGGCCGGAGAGCGACGAGGAGAACGAGGGUCUCCAGAAGCCGUCUGACAAGUCUGGCGGAAACCAGAAGAUCAGGAAGCGACAGCAGCCAAGGGUGGCCACUGCAUACAGACCGUCCAAGACAACGCAGUACCUACACCCCUUUUUUUCCACACAUCUCCCCUUCAAGAUCACUAACAUUCUCGCUUUCACAAUGGGUUCUAACCACUCCACCCAGUCAUCCAAGAAGCAGGGCUCACGGCACGGGUCGCGUAGUGCGACGAAGCAGUGGGAGCGCCAACAGGGAGAAGAGCGGCUGCAGCGAGCGCUACGUGACGAGGGGGUUCGUGAGUUCAUGGCAGGAGGCUGCAGUGCAGCAGACGGUGGUCACCGCCAACAGGCGCGUAGCAGCAGCAGCAGCAGCAGAAACAAUAAAAACAGCGGCCUCAGCCGCUCCGACGGCCUCUCACGGACGUCCAACGUCAAAUACAAGACAGCGCCUAGGGCAGCGGAAGGCUCUCGGCGGGAACAACAGCUCGCCGAGCAGGCCUCGCGGGUGCAGAAUGUCCCGUCGGCGGCGUAUUCGGGGGGGUCGCCGUCUCCGUCUGUUUGGGCAUCUGGCCAGUAUGGGACAACGCGGCCAGUGCCACCCUCAUCCCAACAGCCUGCCUCGUCGGGCCCCAGAUGCAUGGUAGACCCAUCCAAAAACCAAGGUGGGCGUGUCAGUCGCUUCCGUGAGGAAUUCUAG